CGCCCACCCCGGAAGUGAGGGCGGGGCUAACAAAGCGUCGGAGCCUGGUGAGCGGAAGUGGCUGUUGGAGGCUUUAAAGUAGCUUUAAAUUCCCUCUGUCCGGGGAGCUCGCCCUUUACGGCUGGCGCCGGGCUUCGCGUGACGGAUGGCUGUGGACGUGAAGUCGCGAGCAAAGCGCUAUGAGAAGCUGGACUUCCUCGGGGAGGGACAGUUUGCCACGGUUUACAAGGCCAGAGACAAGAACACCAACCAAAUCGUCGCCAUCAAGAAGAUCAAACUUGGACAUAGAUCAGAAGCUAAAGAUGGUAUAAAUAGAACAGCCUUAAGAGAAAUAAAAUUAUUACAGGAGCUAAGUCAUCCAAAUAUAAUUGGUCUCCUUGAUGCGUUUGGACAUAAAUCUAAUAUUAGCCUUGUCUUUGAUUUUAUGGAAACUGAUCUAGAGGUUAUAAUAAAGGAUAAUAGUCUUGUCCUAACACCAUCGCACAUCAAAGCCUACAUGUUGAUGACUCUUCAAGGGUUAGAGUAUUUACAUCAACAUUGGAUUCUACAUAGGGAUCUGAAACCAAACAACUUGUUGCUAGAUGAAAAUGGAGUUCUAAAGCUGGCAGAUUUUGGCCUGGCCAAAUCAUUUGGGAGCCCCAAUAGAGCUUAUACACAUCAGGUUGUAACCAGGUGGUAUCGGGCCCCUGAGUUACUAUUUGGUGCUAGAAUGUAUGGUGUAGGUGUGGACAUGUGGGCUGUUGGCUGUAUAUUAGCAGAGUUGCUUCUAAGGGUUCCAUUUUUGCCCGGAGAUUCAGACCUUGACCAACUAACAAGAAUAUUUGAAACAUUGGGCACACCAACUGAGGAACAGUGGCCUGACAUGUGUAGUCUUCCAGAUUUCGUGACAUUUAAGAGUUUCCCUGGAAUCCCAUUACAACACAUCUUCAUUGCAGCAGGAGACGACUUGCUAGCUCUCAUACAAGGCUUAUUCUUAUUUAAUCCAUGUACUCGAAUUACAGCCACACAGGCAUUGAAAACUAAGUAUUUCAGUAAUCGGCCAGGGCCAACACCUGGAUGUCAACUGCCUAGACCAAACUGUCCAGUGGAAACUUUAAAGGAGCAGGCUAAUCCAUCUCUGGCAACGAAACGGAAGAGAACAGAAGCCUUGGAACAAGGAGGAUUACCCAAGAAGCUAAUUUUUUAGUUACAGAUAACACUGGACAGUAUUUCACUACUGAAGGAAAUAGUCAAAACGGCAAAUAAUUUAAAAAUAGUAAACAUUAAGUAAAUGCUAUAGAAGGAAUUGUAAAUAUUCUACACAUGUAAAAUAUGUAAAACAAUUAUUUUUAUUAAAUGUAUUUUAAAACAAACUUAAUUUUGAUUUUUCUGAUUAGAGUGCAAAAAUAAGUUCAGUUCUCUGAAAUGCAUUAAGGAAAUCUUAAUAAAAAUAAUUUCCAGUUAUUU